UCUACUACUACACACCGCUUAUCUUUGUAUUUCUUCUUCUUUGCACUUUAACUAUAUUGCAUGUAUCUAAAUCAACUAUGCCUGGAAAUACAUAGAUAUCUAGUUUUGUUUAGAGAAAUGUAAUACUAUGACUUUUGAGCUACUCUUUACUCACAACAAUCUUUUUGGUUCCUAAAACUGAAGGUAUGAUGAAUAUGUGUUUGUGGAAGGAAAAAAUGGAGGGCAGCAGGUCCAGGUUGAUGGAAGAAAAAAGCAAAAAAAGAUCACUUGAUUGGGAAUUUGAUAUAAAAAGCAUGGCAGAAGAUAUAAAUCUUGUUUUGAAAACUAUGGUUUGGAUUCUAGGAAAUCAUAGAAACACAACUAUUCUCCAAUUUAAAUUGUUGUUGAAGAGCUUACAAAUUCAAAAACUAUUCAUGACCCUUGUUCUUAGGGUUCUCAACAAGGAAUUUGCUUCUGAACAAGAGACAUUGAAUAAGAUUUGGGAUUUGAAGGUGGAGCAUAUGAAACUGAUUACGGAUGCACGUGCUGAUUUGAACAAGAUGUGGAAUGACAAACGGAAGCCGAAGAGGAAGAGGAGGAGGAAGAUGGAGAAAUUAGUUGCGGAUGAUGAAAACAACAACAUUAUUGAUCAUGAUGGGAAUCAACUCGUUCUCUGUGUUGAAAAGUUGCAAGAGUUACAAGAGGAGUUGGAGAAGAUUAACAAAGAGGCGAGUCGCGAGUUGUUGAAAGUUGUACAAAAGUACAAUCCGAUUCGUCAACCGUUCUAUGAGAAGAGAGCAGAUAUUAUUAAAGAUAUUCCUGGUUUUUGGUCGAGAGCUUUCCUGAAGCAUCACUUACUUGGUGGGCUUGUAUGUACCGAAGAGGACCUCAAGAUUUUCGAGUUUCUAAGCUCAAUCGAAGUGCAAGUUUCGCAAGAUGUCAAAUCAGGUUAUACCAUUAUCUUCAAUUUUGAUUCAAAUGAAUAUUUUGAGAAUACAAAGCUUUGGAAGAAGUAUGGACGUACUAAAACUACUGCAUCGCCAAUACAAUGGGCACAAGGCAAGAUAGUUGAUGAACAAAGCUUCUUUAAGUGGUUCAGUGAAGUUGAUAAUAUUGAUGAAAUCGGUGAGAUAAUCAAGGAUGAUCUGUGGUCCGAUCCUCUCUUUAGUUUUCGUCAUGAGGCAGAUGAAGAAAAUGUUGAUAAUGUGGCAGUGAACAAGUAUGAAGAUGAGGUAGUGAAGGACAGUGAAGAUGUAGAAGAAAAUGAUUAGAGGUUGGGUCCUUGUUAUUCAAAUGCCUUAGAAAUGGUUUUGAACUAUUCACAAACUUGAUUACAGCGACACUCUUCAUGUGAGUUUACCUUACUAUGUUGAUAAUUUUGUAUUAUUCU